AUGGAAAAUUCGGCAGCUCUGUUACGUCGUCUUAAUCAUUACUGUGCCCGUGCACUGGAAGGCGCAGCCUCCCUUUGCCAGACCCGGGCCCAUGCAGAAAUCACCCCGGAGCACUGGUUACUGAAACUGCUGGAGCAGGGGGAAGGAGACCUUACCGUGCUGGGCCGGCGUUAUGGCUGGGAUAUGGACGCGAUAUGGCAGUCGCUGCUCGGCUGGCUGGAUAACCAGCCCCGUAGCGUACGCAGUCGCCCGCAGCUUGCGCCGUCCCUGAAUGCCCUGCUGAAACAGGCCUGGAUGGUGGCCUCAUUACAGGGGGAAGAACAUAUCCGCAGCGUGCAUCUGCUGGGUGCCCUGACGGAACAUCCGCACCUGGUUCGCUGUGACGGGCUGUGGCCCCUGCUGACACUGAGUCAGAGUCAGUUGCAGCGUCUGUCCCCGCUGCUGGAUGCGCAGUCUGAUGAGUGUCCGGAGAGAUUACAGGAUGCAGAGCCUGUGCUGCCUCAGGGAGACAAUGUGACCUUUAUCGGGCGCCCCGUCGGUGCGGAUACGGCGGGUAUACCGUCAGGUGACCUGCCGCCUGUGUUACAGAGUGCGCUGGAUAAAUUCACCCGGGACAUCACGGCCAGUGCGAGAGAGGGUAAAAUUGACCCGGUAUCGGGGCGCGAUACGGAAAUCCGCCAGAUGGUGGAUAUUCUCUCCCGCCGCCGCAAGAAUAACCCGAUUCUGGUGGGGGACCCCGGUGUGGGGAAAACGGCUCUGGUGGAAGGGCUCGCCCUGCGUAUUGCGGAAGGUAACGUACCGGAAUCACUCAGACCCGUCACCCUGCGCACCCUUGACCUCGGCCUGCUGCAGGCCGGUGCCGGCGUGAAGGGGGAAUUUGAACAGCGCCUGAAAAACGUGAUUGAUGCCGUGCAGCAGUCACCGGCUCCUGUUCUGUUGUUUAUAGAUGAAGCCCAUACCCUUAUCGGGGCCGGUAAUCAGGCUGGCGGCGCGGAUGCGGCGAACCUGCUGAAGCCUGCGCUGGCGCGGGGUGAACUGCGCACCAUUGCCGCCACCACCUGGUCUGAGUACAAACAAUACCUGGAACGUGACGCGGCCCUGGAGCGGCGUUUUCAGAUGGUCAGAGUGGACGAGCCGGAUGAUGAGACGGCCUGUCUGAUGCUACGCUCCCUGAAAUCCCGUUAUGCGGAACAUCAUAACGUGCAUAUCACCGAUGAGGCGGUACGUGCUGCCGUCACACUGUCGCGCCGUUAUCUGACAGAACGUCAGUUACCGGACAAGGCCGUUGACCUGCUUGAUACCGCUGCUGCCCGUGUGCGUAUGAGCCUCGACACGGUGCCGGAACAGCUGACCCGUAUCCGUUCACAGCUCGCCUCCCUCGGUAUGGAAAAACAGGCACUGCUGGAAGAUAUUGCCGUUGGUCAUCAGAAUCACGGCGAACGCCUGUCUGCCAUUGAGCAGGAAGAGAAUGUGCUGAUGACAGCACGUGAUGACCUGGAGCAGCAGUACGCCCGGGAGUGCGAACUCACCGGUGAGUUACUUGAAAGCCGCAGCGAUAUUUCCCGCCAGAGUGAGACACAUCACCUGCAGCAGGCACUGCACGACAUUCAGCAGAAUCAGCCCCUGCUCAGUGUGGAUGUUGAUGUACGCACCGUGGCCGGUGUGGUCGCGGACUGGACCGGGGUGCCGUUAUCCUCACUGAUGAAGGACGAACAGACGGAACUGCUGCAUCUGGAAAAGGAUAUCGGCAGACGGGUGGUCGGACAGGACGUGGCACUGGAAUCCAUUGCACAGCGUCUGCGUGCGGCGAAAACGGGUCUGACAUCCGGUAACGGCCCCCAGGGGGUGUUCCUGCUGGUUGGCCCCAGUGGUGUGGGAAAAACUGAAACGGCACUGGCACUGGCAGACGCGAUGUACGGCGGCGAAAAAUCACUGAUUACCAUCAAUCUGUCGGAAUAUCAGGAGCCCCAUACGGUUUCCCAGCUUAAGGGCUCACCGCCCGGGUACGUGGGAUACGGUCAGGGGGGGAUUCUGACGGAGGCUGUGCGUAAACGCCCUUACAGCGUGGUGCUGCUGGAUGAAGUGGAAAAGGCCCACCGGGAUGUGCUGAAUCUGUUUUAUCAGGUAUUUGACCGGGGCUUUAUGCGCGACGGCGAGGGGCGUGAAAUUGACUUCCGUAAUACGGUCAUACUGAUGACCUCCAACCUGGGCAGUGACCUUCUGAUGCAGCAACUGAGCGAAAAGCCGGAGACAACGGAAUCGGAGCUGCAUGAGCUUAUCCGUCCACUGCUGCGCGACCACUUCCAGCCUGCCCUGCUGGCUCGCUUUCAGACCGUGAUUUACCGUCCGCUGACACAGUCUGCCAUGCGCAUCAUUGUGGAGAUGAAGCUUGCACAGGUCUGUGAACGCCUGCACUGCCAUUAUGGACUGAGUACAUCGGUUGAUGAACGUGUGUACGAUGCCCUGACAUCAGCCUGCCUGCUGCCGGAUACGGGCGCCCGGAAUGUGGAGAGUCUGCUGAACCAGCAACUGCUGCCGGUACUGAGCCGGCAGUUGCUCAGCUAUCUUGCUGCCAGACAGCAUCCGACGUACCUGUCUCUGACGUGGAAUGAUGAGGAUGGUAUUGUGAUAGCGUUUGAUGGAAUCAAUAGCGAUUAUCCGCAGGAAAGCAUAUAUGGACAGUGCUAA